AUGAAAACUUUUCUUUGCCUUGUGGCUCUUUGUGCCCUCGUCUAUGGAGAAGAACAAGGGAAACUUCAAAUUGGAAUCAAGAAACGUGUGGACAAUUGUGAGGUGAAGAGUCGAAAGGGAGACCUCCUCCAUAUGCACUACGUGGGAACUCUUCUUGAUGGGACCGAAUUCGACUCAUCUCGUUCCAGGGAUCAGGAAUUCACUUUCACUCUCGGACAAGGACAAGUUAUCAAAGGAUGGGAUCAAGGUUUGUUAAACAUGUGUGAGGGAGAACAACGUCGCCUUACCAUUCCAUCGCAUCUUGCUUAUGGAGAUCGUGGAGCUCCCCCAAAGAUUCCUCCAGGUGCCACUCUUCGUUUCGAGGUCGAGUUGAUGAAAAUCGAGCGCCAAGGACAAGAUUUG